AUGUCCUUCUGGGGUGGGUGAACGUUUGAAUUUGACCAUCGUGGGGCGUUCCUCUGCUCACCAUUUUUUCUUCAAUUUUGCGUGGCUGGGCCGACACUCUCCAGUCCCAUCGGAGCCUGUGUUCUUGCCUGAUUUCGCCGCGUUUCGGAUUCCUGCAGCUGGUUUUUCUCCUUGCGUGAACAUUUAAUCCGUCUUCUUCACAGGCGUUGAGGUGAAGCCUGGCAAGCCCUAUACUCACAUCCAUGAUAAUAGCCGUGGGCCUCUUCGUCUUUCACAGGUCGGUCUCUGAACUGAUCGAACUCUAUGAUAUUAUUGGCGUUCCUGUACCAGAUUCCGACGUGGUCGUAUGAUAGCCUUAAUUUUCCCAUUUCUCCAUUACUUUCCAAUGAAGCAAAAAUCAGCGGUCAUCAAUAGUGGGUUAUUGCACAGGUGACCUUGGGAGAUGGGGCAGCGACAAAGAGGAGCGUGCUGCAAUGUAAUGUUGGGGAUAAGAGCCCUGUGCUGCUAUGUUCUCUGCUCCCAGAUAAAGCUGAGUGCUGCGGCAUGGACCUGCAGUUUGAAGAGUGCUAUGAGGUUAUUUUCUCGGUUGUUGGACCUAGAAGUGUUCACCUUGCUGGGUACUAUGUGGAUGUGGGCUCUAGGCGCGGCACUGGUGUUGGCAAUGACAGGUAUACUUCAUCCUUCACUUCGUCGACAUUUUUCCUUGAACCUUUUCUUUCCGGUUCUGCUCAGAUCACUCUCAAGGUGAAGGUGCCAAAGCAUUUCCCUAUCACACAAAGGAAAUGUAAAAAAAACAUAUCUUACGCCUCACUCCUCAACUAUUUUCUAGUGACUCUUUUGGGGAAGAUGUUGGUGAGACUGGAAGUGAGGAGUCUGGGAGUCAUGGCAGUGAAGACAGAUAUGAGUCAGACUUCAUUGAUGAUGGUGAUGUAGAAAUGUCGCCCUCACAUCAACGUGCCAAUGGAUGUAUGCCUCCAACUUUCCUCAUUGUUUGACUUCGAUGCAGCAGUGAUGGUUUGAGUUCAUCUUUUAGUCAUUGUUUUCUCUCCCUCGUCGUUUUCUUGCUGACUUGCCUCUGUGAAAAUAUGUGAACUUGGUAUAGGACAUCCCUAAAUGGUAUUACACUGCUAUUUUCACAAGCACCUUUAAAGUUCUCCUCAAAGAUUUCACCCGUACCUACAGGAUUGCUUUUAUUGGUAUUCUGCUCUUGUUACGAGCACACAUAUCGAGGAAAGUGUUUUCUACUGCAGAAAAAGGACAGUUGGGUUUCAUUAUAUCACCUGUUCAAAAUUCUAAAAAUCAUCUUCCGUAGAUUGACUGAAAUGUGAUUUUUUCAAUAAGUAAUAUUUUAAUUCUAAAACUAAUAUAAUGGAUAAAAACAAGAUCCUGAAUCAUCUAGCGAACGAAGCAUGGUAAUUUUUUUCAACUUAUAUCUUUGUGGAUAUUUAAAGGCGGCGGACUAAUACUUUUUCCAUAUGCUAAGUCUUUUAUGCUGUUAUAUUACGUUUUUGUAUUCAUUUCAGUAUUCCUGACGGGGACAAAAUCAACUACUGUUGUGGGGAGGGAAUAUGUGAACGUGAACCUACCAGUUCCAUUGAUUCUUGACUUUUUUCCAGUAACAUUUGAAGAGAGAUGCAAGGGUAGCCUGGUGGUUUGAAGGCUAUCUAAAUUGUACACUUGCUAGAACUUCCAUUUAUCCACUAAAUUUUGUUUUAUGAUCUUCUUUUCUCUUCGUUUCCUUUUUCCUCUCUAGUGAUCUGCUCUUGUAGAGAAAAUACUUAUCUUUUAACGUAUCCCUUAUUCUUAUGCAAAUACAUUUCUUUCUGAUGCAGUCAUCAAUGAUGAGACCAUCAAGUGUGAGAAGACAACGAAUGGGAGUGCUACUCGUCAACGUCUCAGGAGGAAGCAUCGCAUUAGUGAUUCUGAUGAAGGAGAGGAUGACUCUCAGCAUCAGAUAAUUAGCAAUCCCGGAAAAUCACCUGUUUUGGAAGGUGAAGAUGAUGACUUCUUUCCAAUUUCUUUCUCGGUAGGCCAAAAGAAUGAAGAGCGAAAUGUUGGUGGGGAUAGAAAGUUAGAUAGUAUCAAGUUUGAUGUCAAUGUGGAUCGAAAGAAUGAUGCAACUCUCCAGGAUAAAGUCCCCGAAGGGUAAUGAGAAUGCAGGCUUAUUAUCCAUAAUGAUCACUUUUUAUUCGUGUAUACUUGAUGUUUUGUUUAUUGUUAUCAGGGAACAUAAGAUUGAAGUUGUCAAAAGCGAGAAGUCAAAGAAGAAAAAGAAAGAUAAGGCUAAGCUGUUGAAGUCUCCUGAAACAGACGUUCAUAUGCCUGAUGAAGUAAUUCAGGACAGACCUAGUGAAGAUCCGAGCGAAGAUGGCAAAAGAGAUGAGGCACAUACUCGUGAACAAGAAAAGGAAGAGUUGAAUCAGGAAGGUUGCCUAGAUGAAAACAGUGGGAAACCAAAGAAAAGGAAGAAGACAAGGGACAGGAAAGGGGAGUCACCUGAGAAAGGGUUAAAUUCUUCAGCAGAUAAAGUUGAUGAAGGCAAGAAUGGAAAGUCAGAACUUGCAGUUGACCAUGCAGUCGAACCAGUCCUUGCUGAAAACAGUGGGAAAUCAAAGAAAAAGAAGAAAGGAAAGGGUAGGGGAGGGGAUACCCACGAAAGAAAUGCUGACUUGUCGGAGGAAAAAAUUGUCAGAGCAACAAAUGCCGAAGAGCCUAAUUCCGGAAGACAUUGUGAGCAGGCUGAUGAUCAUAACAACAUCAAUGAUCUUACAGUCGGAAGAGAUAAUGAGUAAGGGCAUUUUACUCCUCUUCGUUUUCUCUAUAGAAAUUAGUAAAGUUAAUAUUUCAGUUAUCAAUAUUCAUUUAAAUAUCAAAUAAAAAUAUCAAAGAAAUAUCUUACUAAUUGCUGCUCGUGCUUAAGUCAAAAGGUUUAUCCUUGUCUAUUUUGUUGUCGAAUUCACAAUCAUUUGAAUCUAAUAAUCUUUAAUUAAUGGAUGCUGGCUCCAGAUCCAAUGCAAUUAGAUCAUCUUAAUUUCCUUCUUUGAUCAUUUUCACUCAAUGCGAAUGAGAAUCAGCAUCUCAUUGAUUCCCAUUAAAUAGGUAAGGAAAUGCUCACAUUGAAUGAUUCGUGGACAGUGAAAUGGUUACUUCUGCUGUGGACUCUCCAAGUCUUGAAGACUCCAACAAGCUCAAACGGAAAAGGAAUAGAACGAAAGAGGGAACCUCUGGGGGGGAGGAAACCAGACCACUGGAGGAAUUGAGGAAAGAUGGUGAUGAUCCUUCCAGGUCAACGCAAGCAGUGGAGCAUCACGAGCCUCCUGGGGAGCUUCCCCUGGACAUGUGAGAACCAUCAGAGAAGCUAACCAUUCUUAGUUGUGAAUCCCUUUCUAUUGUCAUUAAUUCAUACGAUCUCCUCAUGCAGAGGUUCCAACUCCGGCGAAGAACCUGCUCCAGAUGCUGACCCUGAACCCAAUAAAAGGAAAUCAAGGCGGAAGAAGGGAUCCCACUAA